AGGAAACAGUUUGUUCUUCUCCCUCACAGACGGACUGAAAAACAGACGAUCAGAUUCACCUUCAGACCAAACUAACAACUUCCUCUGAGUUCAGCUGCAGGAGAGAAAAGUGGAAACUAUAGCCCUGCUGCUUCAACCUGCGGACCCUCCACCCCCCGAAGCUUCACUCAGAGACAACAUGGCUUCCAGGUUAGAGGAAGAGCUCUGCUGUCCGGUCUAUCAGGACGUCUUUAGAGAUCCUGUUGUUCUGUCCUGUAGCCACAGCUUCUGUAAAGCCUGUCUGCAGACCUGGUGGACGGGGAAAGAAGUAAAGGAGUGUCCAGUCUGUAAGGCAAGAUCAUUGAUGGAUCAUCCUCCCUGUAACCUGUCUUUAAAGAACCUGAGUGAGACCUUCUUACUGGAGAGAGGUCAGAGACCUCCAGAGGCUCUCUGCAGUCUGCACUCUGAGAAACUCAGACUCUUCUGUCUGGACCAUCAGCAGCCAGUGUGUCUCGUCUGCAGAGAUUCAAGAACACACACCAAUCACAGAUUCAGACCCAUCAAUGAAGCUGCUCAGGAUCUCAGAGAGGAGCUCCAGAAAGCUCUGCAGCCCUUUCAGGAGAAACUGAAGCUCUUUGAAGAAGUUAAAGUGAAGUUUGAUCAAACAGCAGGACACAUGAAGGUCCAGGCUCAACACACAGAGAAGCAGAUUAAGGAGCAGUUUCAGAAGCUUCACCAGUUUCUAGAAGAGGAAGAGGAGGCCAGGAUGGCUGCACUGAGGGAGGAAGAGGAGCAGAAGAGGAGGAUGAUGGAGGAGAAGAUGGAGGCUGUGAGCAGAGAGAUAGCAGCUCUUUCACACACAGUCAGAGGCACAGAGGAGGAGCUGAGAGCUGAAGACGUCUCCUUCCUGCACAGUUGCAAGGCUGCAGUGGAGAGGCUGCAGCGCCCCCUGCUGGAGGCUCCACAGCUGCCCUCAGGAGCUCUGAUAGACCAGGCCAAACACCUGGGCAACCUCAGCUUCAACAUCUGGAGCAAGAUGAAGGACAUGGUGUCCUACUCUCCUCUCAUCCAGGACUCAAGACAAGACACUUCACCCCAAAGUGCUCCUGUGGGGAUUGUCCACAGUACUGAAUGUAUGUAAGUCGCUUUGGAUAAAAGCGUCUAACAAAUGACAUUUAAUGUAAUGAUUCAUUUUACUUUCAGAUGAUAAUACUUUUCACUUGGGCAAUUGACAAUUUUGAAUGCAGGACAUUCAUUUCUAACACGUAUUUGUACCUAGGUAAAUAAUCUGAAUACUUCUUCCAUCUCUGAUUUUGGACUCUGUCACUGUUUUUAAAACAUUAAAGGUCCCAUGUCAUGGCCAUUUCUACUGAUCAUAAUUCCAUU